ACCUACGCAGCGCCGCGCCCCGCCCCGCCCGCCGCGCCGAGGACCCCCGGCUGCCGCCGCCGCCGCUCGCACCGCCGCCCCGCUCCCGGCCCCGCUCCCGCUCCCGGCCCGUCCCGGCCCCGCCCGCCAUGACGCUCCUGGCCGCCGGCAGCCGAGCGGCCGCGCGCCUCCGCGGCCCCAAGAACGCGCCAUGCGUCCUGUUCGCGGCCCGUCACGCCAGCGCCGCCACGAACCUGAAGGACGUCCUGGCAAACAUGAUCCCCAAGGAGCAGGCGAAGAUCAAGAACUUCAGGCAGCAGCACGGCAGCACGGCCAUCGGGCAGAUCACGGUGGACAUGGUGUACGGUGGGAUGAGAGGCAUGAAGGGGUUAAUAUACGAGACCUCGGUGCUGGAUCCCGAUGAGGGCAUCCGCUUCCGCGGCUACAGCAUCCCCGAGUGCCAGAAGCUGCUGCCCAAAGCGGCGGGGGGAGAGGAGCCGCUGCCCGAGGGUCUCUUCUGGCUGCUGGUGACGGGAGAGGUGCCCACCCAGGAGCAGGUGAGCUGGGUGUCCCGCGAGUGGGCCAAGCGAGCCGCGCUGCCCUCCCACGUGGUGACCAUGCUGGACAACUUCCCCACCAACCUGCACCCCAUGUCCCAGCUCAGCUCCGCCAUCACCGCCCUCAACAGCGAGAGCAAAUUCGCCCGUGCCUACGCCGAGGGCAUCAACCGGGUCAAGUACUGGGAGUUUAUCUACGAGGACGCCAUGGAUCUGAUUGCCAAGCUGCCUUGCAUCGCCGCAAAGAUCUACCGCAACCUGUACCGUGAGGGCAGCAGCAUCGGGGCCAUCGAUCCCAACCUGGACUGGUCCCACAACUUCACCAACAUGCUGGGCUACACCGACCCGCAGUUCAUCGAGCUCAUGCGGCUCUACCUCACCAUCCACAGCGAUCACGAAGGUGGAAACGUGAGUGCCCACACCAGCCACCUGGUUGGCAGCGCGCUCUCUGACCCGUACCUCGCCUUCGCUGCGGCCAUGAACGGGCUGGCCGGGCCCCUGCACGGCCUCGCCAACCAGGAGGUGCUGCUGUGGCUCACCAACCUGCAGAAGGAGCUGGGCCAGGACGUCUCGGACGAGAAGCUGCGGGACUUCAUCUGGAACACGCUCAACUCGGGCAGGGUGGUGCCUGGCUACGGGCACGCGGUGCUGAGGAAGACGGAUCCCCGUUACACCUGCCAGCGGGAGUUUGCGCUCAAGCACCUGCCCAAGGACCCCAUGUUCAAGCUGGUGGCGCAGCUCUACAAGAUCGUCCCCAACGUGCUGCUGGAGCAGGGCAAGGCCAAGAACCCCUGGCCCAACGUGGACGCUCACAGCGGGGUGCUGCUGCAGUAUUACGGCAUGAAGGAGAUGAACUACUACACGGUGCUGUUCGGGGUCUCCCGGGCCCUGGGUGUCCUCGCGCAGCUCAUCUGGAGCCGGGCACUGGGCUUCCCCCUGGAGAGACCCAAGUCCAUGAGCACGAAGGGCCUCAUGCAGCUUGUGGGCUACAAAUCUGGAAAGGACUUGAUACACUCCUCCCGGCCCGCGCCCCUUCCUCUCCGCGUGUUUGUGUGAGUCCUCUUGUCCGAUGCCCCCCGGCAGCCGGAGCUGCCCCCCCCGCGUGUGAGCCGGACGCUGGCCCCAGCCUGUCGCAGGUGCCGGGCGGUUCUGUACAAACAACGACAAAAUGCAAAAUAAAUGUUUUUAUUAACAAA